UUUAUCUCCAAAACCUAAAAUAUGUGUUAAACAAAGCAUAGAAAAAUCUUCAAAAAGAAUUUUCCCAGAAAAGAAAAAUGCUGAGUUUUGCGGGCAACGGUUUUUCAACGGAGAGAAAGCUGUUCAACAAUGGGUUUCAUCAGCUCUAUAACUGCAAUUUCUUAUCAAGUUACACUCUAACACCAUUUGUUCAAGCAAGUCCAGUAUGCAGAUCCGAGAAUUUUAGUACCGUUCAUGUGAAACAGCUUAAAAUUGGGAGUCAGCAUUGCAAUGCGGUGAAGGUUUGUGCAACCCGGAGGAGAAGGGCAGCAUAUUCAAGGACUGAAACCUAUGUUCUAUUAGAACCCGGAGAAGAUGAGAAGUUUGUCAGCGAAGAAGAGUUGAAAGCCAAGUUAAAGGGGUGGCUCGAAAAUUGGCCUGGUAAGAACCUUCCACUGGACCUUGCAAGAUUCGAGGCCAUUGAUGAUGCUGUUUCUUAUUUGGUAAGGUCUGUUUGUGAACUGGAAAUAGAUGGAGAUGUUGGUUCGAUUCAAUGGUAUGAAGUUCGACUAGAGUGAGAAGAGCAAUCAUAAGUCUUGACAGUCUAGCAAUUAUGUAAAUGACUACUAUUAUUCUUGUUAAUAGAAAGCUACACAUAUUUUCAGUUAUAAA